AAAGAACAUGGAUUAUUUUACAUGGUUUAAAAAUGAAAUUUGUUAAUGUUUCUUCAGUAUUUACCCUUAAGGUUUUAAUUUUCACAUCAGUAUUAGAAAACACACAAUUCCACAGGAUAAAUACUUUUAAGAUCCAGCUCUGUGCAUUAAAUAAAUAUAUUACUUGAUAUGGUGAAUUUUAGCAGCAGUUUAUAUUGAGAAAUACAUGUAAGAAGGUAGUCAAUACAAAUUAGGAUUAAGGAAGCAGGAAUAUUUAAUUUUAGGAUUAGUGGAAGUGCUUUUUACACGGUUUAGAUAGUGUUUAAGACAUAUGCUCUUUGUUGAUUAACUAAUACAAAAAUGAUUGGCUAUCGCAGCUUUAUUAAACAUUUGGGUUAUUUUAUCAUAUUAAUCUUCUCUAAGAAAACAAACCUGUAUCUCAGUUCUCCUUCUUAUUCCCUCCCCCAAAUUAAAAGCCUGAAACCCCUCAAUAAGUAUGAAAAUCCAUACAAGAUUGUGAACUAUUUUAGUUUUCCAGUGAUUUUCCAUAAUUAAGUGUUUUUUCAAUCCAUACUGUAGCUGAGUGAUGCCAAAAGCAGAGGAUUGUUCAAAAAGUCCCUCCAGUGAAUAGUAUAAAUUAAAUAUCUCUACUGUAUGGGCAUGGCCUCACAGAGAGUCUCAGACAGUUUGCAGAUCAAGGCAUUUGCUGAUGUACUAACAUUAAACAAAAUCGUAAGACAGUAGCAGUGUUUAAAUAUGCACAAAUAGAUUCAGAUCACUUGAUCUUUAGCUUUCUGUGCAUAUUUUAAAAUUGGAGUCUGUAUUUCAAGACAAAUGGUGAAAUGUAAGACUUAUUUAAAGAGAACUACAAGUUCUUUGAUUUCAUUUAGAAAUUGUAGGGGUCCAGAUGAGCCCUAAUUAGGCAUAUUUUUUGUAAAACUCCAUGAGGUGUAUUUCCAAGGCAGAUCUGUGUCCUGCAAGGUCUGUACCUUUAUCAUUAGUGAUAAUAGUUAGGGUUAGAACAAAGACAGAGUUGACAUUCAGCUUGUAGCUAAUGACCCUUACGUUUAAGUGAAGGAGUACAGAAUGAACAUGAGCUUGCUGUGCUCUUUGGUAGGAACACAUCCUUGUCUGUGUUGGUAGACAGAUACAGCUUCGACAACUAGAGAACAGGCUGCUAAAGUACUACGUAGUUUUAAAAAAUUAGUUGUUUUAUUUGUGAUAUGACAUAUUUCCUAAAGGUUGCCUACAACAGGACCUUGUGGGAAAGAAGAAAACAACAACUUUAAUCAUUAAAGGAUUCAGUCAUUUUCCUUGAAGGUGGUGCUACAGUAAAAUGUUAAUGCCAAUUUCACAUCGACUGACACAGAAGUUCUAGGACAGUGUUGAUAUUUUGUUCGCAUUCAGUGCAGAUGUCCAUUCUGCAUUUGAAGAGAAAAGGAUGUGGAUUCAUAAUGGGGAGGGAAGAAGCAUGUCCCGUCUAUCUCUAACACGGUCCCCAGUUUCUCCCCUGGCUGCUCAAGGAAUUCCUCUCCCAGCUCAACUCACCAAAUCCAAUGCUCCUGUGCACAUCGAUGUAGGAGGACACAUGUACACCAGCAGCCUAGCUACCUUGACAAAGUAUCCAGAUUCCAGAAUAAGUCGUCUGUUUAAUGGCACAGAGCCUAUUGUCUUGGACAGUUUAAAACAACAUUAUUUCAUUGAUCGAGAUGGUGAAAUUUUCAGAUACAUAUUAAGUUUCCUAAGGACAUCUAAACUGCUACUCCCAGAUGACUUUAAGGACUUUAAUCUUUUAUAUGAAGAAGCAAAGUAUUACCAGCUGCAGCCAAUGACUAAGGAACUCGAGCGAUGGAAACAAGAGAAAGAACAAAGGAAACAUUUCCAGCCUUGCGAUUGUCUGGUCGUAAGAGUGACUCCAGAUCUCGGGGAAAGGAUUGCACUGAGUGGGGAGAAAGCUUUAAUAGAAGAGAUCUUCCCUGAGACUGGGGAUGUCAUGUGCAACUCUGUAAAUGCAGGCUGGAACCAAGACCCAACCCAUGUUAUUAGGUUUCCUUUGAAUGGAUACUGCCGGUUGAAUUCAGUGCAGGUGCUAGAAAGAUUGUUUCAGAAGGGAUUUAACGUGGCAGCUUCGUGUGGUGGAGGGGUAGAUUCCUCCCAGUUCAGUGAAUAUGUGCUGUGCCGUGAGGACAGAAGACCACAACCCACCCCAACAAUCAGAAUAAAGCAAGAACCCCUGGACUAGAACCAACCCUUCCUCCUUUGUAACCAUAGAAGUGUUUAAUAGUCCCUUAUGUGAAACACUAAGGAUUUGCAAAACAGUAUUAGCAAACAAAUUGUGAUUUUAUGUUGCUAAUUAGUGAUAUUCGAAAACUACCUGUCACAUAGCCAGCCAUGAAACACAUUUGAAAAACCCACCUGUUUGUUUUUCAUGAUGAACAACUGAGCAUACUCAGCGUACAAGGCUUUGUGGGAAUGUACUUUCAACCAAACAGCUGUGAUGUUGAAAAAGGCAAAGCUUCACAAAGUACUGACCCUUGAUUGGGCUUCUGCAGAAAGACCAAUUAAAGCAAUUUGAAUAUGUCAGCUGGAAAACAACAGUUCUUUUGACAGCACCCCUUCCCUCCUCAGUGAUAUUCUAAGGCAACGAUACAGGGUCCACCAAAAGAAAGAUGGUACCUUAAACACUGCACUGAGUAUCUUCCCUGUCUGAAUGCCACACUUCUCUCAUAUCAGAUGUGCUUUACAUCUCCAUACGUUAUGUUACAUUUCUGUGAUUGUAACUCAUUCGUGCUAGCAAAUGGCUUAUUUUUAUAAAACUUUACAACUGAAAUAACUCUGUGUAUAGAAUACAAAAUCAGAGAAGGACCAAUUCAUAGUCAUCUGGUGCUCAGUACUUUAAGCACAAUUGAGGACUAGUUGUGGGUAAUAUGUGCAAAAGUAGGGAUUUUUUAGUAAGGCCAUCUGACAUCAAAAGGGCAUCGCACAGGCCCCAAAAGUGGAGUUAUAGUUCUUUUGAGAUGCCAAUUUUGUUUUCUUCUUUCUCUCAGAGUUUCAAUGUUUUGCAACAUCAGUGGAGUGGUGGUUCUGCCAAGCAUUUGCCAAAGCAUCUGCCAUUACCCUUUGUUAUUCGUUUACUGAACAUACUUAAAACCCACCCCACAUGCAGGAGCAGGUGUUAACCAUUUUGGACACCCCUUACUCUCCAUUGCCCUGGAAUUUUUACAAACAAUAAUAAAGUCCCAUACUUCUCUCUGUCUGAUAGGAGCAGGCCAGGUUUUGUUUAGAUAUUUUUCCUUCUAUUAGUUUUGAAAUACUAUUAAAAUACUGAUGUUAUAGCUGCCCUGUAUCUGUGUAUUUUUUGCUUUAAAGAAGCCAUUUGUCUGUAGGCGGUUACUGUUCCUUUAACAAAUACAGUAUCAACUCUUCUGACUUAUGCAGUUUCCUUAACUCAGGAGAUAGCAUUGUGUUUGCAGGUGCAAGUAUAUAAAUAGCAUUCUGCUAAAUCCUGUUUACUGCUGUUUAGCAUGAUUGGGUCCUCAAUAACUAAUUCAUGUGUUAAUCGCAAUUUAGUUUCUCCCACAAUAAUUUAUAGAAUACUGUUGUAGAUGCUGAAUUUUAAUUAAAACUGUUUUUAGAUGUGUAGCUAUAUAGAACAAGGGACAGAGUAUUAAAUAGUCAGCAAUACUUAACAAUUCUGUUUCUCUAAUGCCAUCUGAUUAUUUGGGCAGAAAUUAGGACUUGGAGUUUAACACUGAAUUUUUCAGAAGUGCCUAGUGAUUUUGGGUGCCCAUGCUGGAGACUGAACAUGGCUCUGAUUUUUGGAAAAUGCCCUCUGAAAAAUCAGGCCUCUUCAAAUUGCCCCACAUUGGGCACCCAAAAUCACAAGUCACUAGUGAAAAUCUUAGCCUGCUGGCCUGCUGCCUUAGCAGAACAGUUGAUGGUCCUUUGGCCAAAUCUGUCUAAAGAUUUUUAAAGUUAUUUUAUUUCAUGGUUUUAUGCUUGCUUGACACACUACACAAAAUUGCUAGGUACUGCCAUAUUUGAAAAGAUGGCACUACAUUACCUUUCUAUGUAAGAUAUCUGUAGAAUUGUAUAUUAUACAUUUAAUAUUGUAAAAAAAUUUAACGUAUAAUUGUCAUGUAUUUGUGUAUACACAUUUCUUAUACAGUACUUCAUGCCAUAAACAUUUCUGUAAAGUAAAAGAUCAAAACUGCAGCAAGUAGAAUGAACACUCACUUUUAUCUCCCACACUCUUCAAGGGAGGUCAGAAGCUUGGGCUGUAUUUCCUCUGGCCUUUGACUGAGUUCAGCUUAUUGUAGCCAUCUCUUCAAAAACAAAUGUUUGUUUAUUGGUUCUAUACAUUUAGUUCAACUUCUGUUCAAAUUCUCCUUAAAGCAUCAGUUUAGCGCCUAGCUUUUACCAUGUAUAUUCUGGUUUUGUAUUCAUUUCCUGAGCAGGGUGAUUCAGAGAUAAGUGGAGGCUGAACCCUUAUAUGUCUGUGCAUACUGUUCCAUUCAUUAACAUUCAGCUGGGAGAGGAAAGUCCUCCUGUAGUUACAGUACAUUCAGGCUUCAGGAGUAUGGGCCAAUCCUGCAGUCCUUACUUAGACUAAACUGCUGAAAUCAACAGGAAUUUUUGCCUGUGUCCAGGGUGGUAUCAGUAGGAACUGAUAUUAAGCACCUCUUACAAGGGGGUGAGGAUUGUCAGCUUCAGUUGAAGUAAAAUGGAAGUUGAAGUGCCCUGUGCUCCUCUCAGGAUCAAGCCCAUAGACAGAAUGCUUUAGAUGUAUGUAGAGAGCCAUUAAGUAUUUGUGGUUUUGUUUGUCUGUUUUUUUCAGUUUGGUGUUCACCAUAUUUUUAUAGCUCAAUAAAGCAGCUACAGUACUGACAGCAGUUUGGUAAGGUGGCAUCAUAAAAGAUUCCAGGCUGCUCCAACUGAGUUAAAUGUGAAUUUGAGAUGGAAAGUUUGAGCCAUGACAUCACAGCAUUAACUGCAAAAGGGCACUGGAGCAAGCAAGACAUAUGGAAACAAUCACUUCGUUAGGAGAAAUAUGCCUUUUUUUUUUAAGGGAAAAGUUAAGCGAGGACAUGUUCUUUUAGUUAGUGACUGCAGGUCACUGAUUUAAUGUUUAUUACAGUUUCAUUUGUAUCUCUUUUACUUUUUUAUAUCCCUGUAUUCUAAAGUAACAAUAUCAGCAAAAACUGAUGUGAAUUUUUACUUCUGUCCUAAACCAGAGUAACACAGCUUGAUUAAGAACAUUGCUCAGUGUCAUGUAAAACAGUUUUUAAAAUAUCAUCACGUCUAGUAAAACUGUGGUUUGCAGACAGCGAAUGCUUUUAGUUUGAAUGCCGAAAAGUAAACAUACCUUGUUUUUUAAUCUAAUUUCACUGAACAGAAUUGGUUGGAAUUUCUUUGCCGAGCACUGAAACUGUGGUUUUGAAAACUUCAGUCUUCUCUAGCACUUUUACAUGUACUGUUCUGUGCCACUGUGCUCCCAAGUCUGCCAGAAAAGUGAAAGAAAAUGUUAUGUUGUGCUUAUUGGACAAAUUUUUAAGAAAACAAAUGUUGUGUGCAUUCAUUGACUGUAUUUAAUAGCAUCAAGGUUUGUUGACAGUUUUAUUAGAUGUUUGACAAAGAAUAAGAAUCAGCACAACAGAACAUUAAAUACUCAGUUUAAGUAUUUCUUUGUAGGUAUUGUUAAUAUUUUAAUGCAAAAUGUUUUUGAACAGUGCUUAAAAACUACAAAACAAUGUGAAACUGAAAUUAAUGUUUGAUAAAUUAAUACUGUAUGUCACUCAAAUGUGUUACUUUAGUAAAUUGUUUUAUUUCUUUACAAAAUAAGUACAAAUAAGGAAGUAUGUUUUCACACAAAUUGGGGUAUUUAUGAGUAUGUACAGAAAUAAUCAAAACAACAUAAUUCUAAUAAACACAAGGUCUUUAUAAACAAUAUGUACACAUUAUCAGUACAUUUAAAACAUAAUUUUACACUUCCUGGCCUUAAAUACAUUAUGAAUAAUCUUUUGGCUAAAUAGCAGCAGUACAAAUUUUGUUCUGCUUUUAACAAACCUUAAAAUAUAAUUAAAAUUUUUGUUUUUAAAACUAUUGGACAGAUAGUUCUAUUUGUGCUUUCAGUAUUGUUUCCCAUCCAAAAAAAAAACUGCCUCAAAGUGGCAAGUACAAACAUAGUAAAAAUUGAAAAUAUAAAUAAGGAAAUGACUCCCUUCCAUAGUUACUGAAAAUACUAUUAUGUCUGAACUAUAGCUGGUGUCCACUUGCUUACUGAAUACCUUAUCCAAAGCCUAUUAAGAAGACGCCCAUUGGCUUUGGUAACUUGCCCUCUAGUCCAGCAAAGCAUUUAAGCACGUGUGUGUGUGUACUUAUACCUAUUCACAUCCUUACACACGUUUAAGUGAUUUUUUGGAUUGGGGUCUCAAGGUCUGAUCAUGCAAGGCAAGGUCAACUCCCAGUGACUUCUGUGAUGACACUGAGGACCUUGCAGGAUUGGACCCUGAGGACUUAACACUGCUCCCACUGACUCCAAUGAGAGCGGGACUGGCCCCUCUAUAACACAACUAUUUUUGACAGUGACUUUAAAAAUCGGUGUAGAAUACUCUAAAAUCUUUACUUUCGUUUUUAAAACCACAAUUAGACCGUACUCUUCACAAUAAAUAAAGAUUUUUUUAAAAUAAAAAAACAACUCAGAUUCAUAUUACUAAGCAGCUGCUACAAAUGUGCAAAAGGUUGAACAGAUUUAGAAAACAACAGAAGCUAGUCAAGGUAACUCAGCUGGGACCUGAAUGCACAGAUUUCAUACACUUAGGAAUUGGCUCAGCAAAUGAGUAGUAAAAGCAAAAAUCAUGACUAUAUAAAAUUUGUGGGAGUGAAGGAUGGCUACUCUUUCAGCUGUGCAAAAAAUUGCAAUUAUAACUAAUCUAAAAUGAUAAUAGGCAUCAUAGUGGUUAGUCAAUGAAAACAGUGCUAGUAAAAGUUAAGGGAACACAGAAAAGCUAGCACUGUAAUUGAACGUACUGCUAAUAAAUACCAUCCUUCAGGCCCAAUCCUACAAACGCUUCUUGCAAGUUGCCCAGUGUCAUCAAUGGGAUGACUUGUGUAAGCAUUUGCAAUCAGGCUCUGAAUUUGUAUAAACUUCCUCUCAUCUACUCUGGGUAGCCUCAUCUAAAAAUGGUCAAAUGCCAUAAAACUUUAAGCAUGGAUCAUAUCCAUGGAUUUAACCUCUUUAAAAACCUUUUGCACAUUUUCAUUUCUUUCUUUCAUUUUAUAUAAGGGGGAUUUAUUGCAUGUGUCUGACAACUUUGCAAAACAAACUACUGGAACUCUGACAUCUGAAAAAAAUAGAAGGCACGUUCAAAUUACAGAUUUUCAAUGCAGGUUUAGCUCCUUUGUGAGAAAACCGGUACAAUUCUUGGCUUUAUUUAAGCAAAGCUCUGUAGAGCAGGAGAGAAUGGCUCGUUUCUCUUUCCUGUUCCAUGUAAAAGAUGAAGUCCCUGAGGUUUACUCGAGUUAUUUUCUGUCGUGUAUACUGUCUGGAUGAAGGAGCCCCAAAACCAGCCUGACCUCCACUGGUCAUGCCCAAAGCCUGUAAGAGAAAUAAAGACCAUUAAUGUUCUACAGCAAAACAAAGAUUCUUUUCUCUUUCAGGCUAUAUGGAUUUAACAGAUUUUUUUUUAGUGUCCUAAAUUGAUAACUAUGAGCCUAACCCUUACACAUGUGAGAAACUUUAUCAUUGUGAGUAGUCCCACUGAGUUAAUGUGAGUAAAGCUACCCAGAUGCAUUCAUGUUUAUGAGAUUGGGCCCUCUCUGUUUAUGCAAAACACAAAUUCAUCUCUAGUUAACUCCAUUUAAGUCAAUCAAGUUACACAAGAGAAAUAUUUGGCUCAUUAAAUGUCAAAAGUCUUUUUCGAAGCUAGCUUAGUAGCAGUACUUCGGUCAUUGUAGAAGGCUGGUGUGUAAGUCUGAACCAUGUUCCCGGUUCUUUGUACCCAGGACUGGAAGAAUGUGCUGGGUGUAUAUCAACAUGUGGAUAGUUUGAUUACUCUAGUAGCUGAAUGGGUGGGCAGCUGAGUCUGGACUAGACUCUGAUACUCCUCUGGGCUGCACCGACACAGGCCCAAGGUGAUGAGAGACUGAAGCAAUUUUGCUAGCGGGCACAAUCAAUCCUCAGCUGGUAAAUGGACAAAAUUAAACAGGAGAAAAACCUGGCAUGAGAGGAAGCCUCCAGCAGUAUGAGUAAUGCAGACAAGCAUUGGUAAAAACAUUUUCGAACCCAAGUUAAAUAGUUUCUGUACCUAACUAGUCCAGGGAUAGCUGGCCCUCUGUGCAGAGAUGAGUUUCACUCACUAUACCUGCCUCAAUUACUGAUCUUAAAACCAGAGCACUAAAUUAUCAAGAUCUAAGAAUUCAGUCCACAAUUUAUAGCCCCUUUAGAAUGUUAUUGGUUCUAGAAUGGAAAGCCUGCUACACCGGAACAUUGAGGAUUUUUCCAUUUAGGCGAACACUGUUGGUUUGUAAAACUUUUCAUUGCUUUCAGGUGAUUUUUAAAGAAGAAAAAUAUUAAAUAACUUCAAAAAAAUAUCUAAAAUAUUUUGAAAAUUUUCUAGACUGUUUUUGAAGAGUUCUAGAUGGUUUUGAAACCCAAAACUUACCUGGAUUCAUCCAUUCUUCAAAAUACUCCCAGGGUGGUUUUUUUUUAAGAAGAUAAAAAGUUUAAUAUUCAAGGAUCUUUAUUGUAGCACAUUAUAAAACAUUACUUAAAUGCAACUUUAGUCUGAAGAAUAAGAGGAAAAAUACAGUACAUUCUGAAUAAGACACAGAGUGGCUGAUUUCUUCAUUGCCUUUCUCUUCACUCACCUUGAGAGACUCUCACUUUCAUGACUAUACUGCUCAAGAGUUAUUUCUCCUCUGUCCAGUUCUUAAACUACUGUGAAUGGGGCAAAUCCUGUUCCCCAGCUACAUGAAUACAAAAGGCUCUGAAUGUAGUGGAACAAAUGUGAAUAUGCUGUACAGGAUGGGGGAUGGGCAGUAGAGAUGCCCACAACCACAUUUAAUUACAGAGCAUUACAUCUUGGGAGCUCCCUGUGUGGAGUUGUAUUUUGAGAAUGGGACAGUGAAGUCAAAGAUUCACUAGCUAAACCUUACCACAAAGAGGGCAAUGUUUGCGGCAACUGAAAGGGUUGUUCAUCCACACUGAAACUCGAGGGUCUCUCCAAUGGACAGCCAAUUUACUCUAGCUGUUUCAAGUCACACUUCGCAUUCUUAGCAUGGACUAGCAUCACGUGAGCAUCUAUUUUUACAGUACCACGUAUGUGACAGCAAUAUCCAUGUGAUAAAUUUCAGAACCAUAUGAAGAAGUGCGUGCAUUAUGCACCUUCUGACGGCCUCUCACCUGCACUCUGAUCACUCAUCUGUUUCUGCCAGGGCCAUUGUCAUUAUUCCAAAAUCCAAAAAGCCAACUUUUCUCCCAUCUAACCUGAUUCAGACAUGUUUUCCUCCUUUCACUCCAAAUGUUGAACCUCCUUUCCCCUUCCUAUAAAUUAUGCUGGCAUGAAGUCCAACACAGUUAAUGCUGGACACGUGACAGACUUAUUUGUGAGAAAAUGAAACUAUUCCAAACUCAUGCUGAUAAUACCUUUAUAGUAUCACAGCAUGUCAGGUUAGACACAUAUUGCAACUAUAAAGUAUUAAUACAAUGUAACGAUCGAAUUUUCUCAAAAAUUUUCUUCAUAGAAAGCUUUCUUUCAAAAAAAAAAGCAGACAAAUUGUGUUAUUUUUUUAAUAGUCUGAAAAC